AUGCAUUCUACCGCCGCCGCGCCUCGCAUGGCGCGCGACACGCCCGUCAUGACAAACUCGAAGACGGGGACCGCAACACGGGUGCACCACUUACCGAGCUACCCCAGUGAUGGCGAUGAUGUUCUUUCCUCGCUGUGCUUCCUACAGCGGAUGGCGAGUGUGUUCGAGCAGCAAGGCAACUACGCUGAGUGUGUCAAGAGCGUUGAGUCAGCGCUGCUACUGCGGCAGGCGAACAAUGCAGCUGUAGGCAACGCCUUGGCGGAGCGUCGGCGUGCACUAGAAAAUCGAGCAUCCCGGCGCCACCCUGCAACGAUGCGGCGUGGUGCACCGAGCACCGGCGACAUAGACGACGACUACGUGCCACUCACGGACAAUGGGGACGUGGCGCUGCCCAUGAGCAUCUGCCUGCAGGCACAAGAGGCGGUGCUGCGGUGCAACAGCUACGCCGUCGAGGCCCUCCAGCAUGCCCAGUACGAUAGCGCGGCGUUCUUCCUCAAUCGCGCCAUGUUCCUCACCGACGGAGACGAGGACGCGCAGCAAGAAGCUUCGACGACGGAUGGCGCAGGGGGUGGCGUCACGAGUAGUAGUGGCGGCACCGUCUCUGGGCAGUGGUGGUGGCGUGCAGUAUUGCAGUCAUCUGCGCCGCAGCCCGAGUCCCAGUCGGCGGUAGCAAGCGUUGAUUCCAUCGACCUCGACACGCUGACGAGCACGCAAGACGAGGUGAGGCAGAAGACGGCAGCCACGGCGGCUGCGUUUCGCGCGUGCUUUGGGCCGACGUCGCACGAUCAGCAGCUGCGCCUGUCCCUCCGCGUGGUCACACUGAACCACCUCGGCUGUCUAGAACAACGCCGUGGGCGACCCCGCGCCGCUGUGGUGUUUCUGCGUAUGGCGAUACAGGCGCAGGCCCAGCUCGAGGAAAGCCGUCGACUCGACGGCGACGCCGUUGCCCAAGCCUUGCCGAAGGCGAGGCGUUGCCACCUCAGCAGUAGCAGCAGCAGUGGCACGGAAGGUACCGUCUCGGCCUACCUGAAUCUGUGCACGGUGCUGAACGAGCUGGGGCAGCACGCGGAGGCGGCACAGGUAUGCGAGCGAGUGAUCCCGCUGCUGCAGCAGGCACUUCUGGAGUGCACCAGUGCCCACCCAGCGGCGACAGUGGGGGACGAAGCGGAUGUGCGCACGCAACAGCAGCGCCAGCGCGACGCAAAGGAUGCGCAGGUCUGCACUGCCACGAUGCUCGCAGUGGCGUUCUACAGCUUUGGUGCCUCACUGGAGCGGCGCGACGCCGCUAGCGGCAACGUCAAUGCCCAACGGUGGGCCUUCCAGGAAGCCAUCCAGGUGUGUCACCGCUACGGCCUCGUACCAGCAUACUGCCGCACGAUUGAGCAAGUGAUGCAGGCACUCCGGCACCCGGGCGCGGCCACCAUUCCCGCGGAGGAAGGAAGUCGCAGUGCGCUGCCAUUCACCGGUUCUUCGGCAGCGAAUGCCCCUGCCAGCGCCAAGCGCCGCAGCGGUGUCGAUGUUGCAGCUUCGCGUCCUCUGCCGCCGCCGAUGAACCCUUCGUCUUGGGAGGCGUCGUCGGCCGUGACGCCGAUGGCGGACAUACUGCAGUUCGGCGCACCCACCGAGUACGAGGCGCCGCUUCACUGCCCACCGCUGCAACCCGUGCAGACGGAGCUCAAGCGACUCUCUCUACCACCUACAUCAAGGACAGCUGCCCAUACUGCUUCACUGCCAGCGCCGCAGCAGCCACCGGCGCGGUCGGCGUUUCUUCGGCCCAGCGGUCACGGCUCACCACUCCCCUCGCAGCUGCCACCGCUGGCGGCGUCGUACCCCGGUGGUCAACAGAACGCGUGGUGCGCGUCUCCCGAAGCUCCGGGGCCACGGUCACCACCUUCAGUGCACGAGCCACUCACCAUCAGCGACAGGAAAAGCAGCGGCAUGAAGGUGGCAGCUACCGCUCCGCCAACCUUCGCGCUGCGACCGUCGACGGGAGCCCCUUCGACGUCAGCCUUUCCAUUGACACAGUUGCGCGGUCUGCCCCUCGCAGCCGCGAGCAGUUCUGCGUCGACCACCUCGAUGACCUCCGGCCCUGCCAAUCUCCGCACCAGCAUUGCCGCCUCGCUGCCCGCGGCCCUGCCGCGUAGUAGCCUGAGCACUUCCAUCGCCGGCCUCACCACAGGAGCUGCCAAUGCCGCUGCUCGGUUGACGCCGAACCCGCCACGCGGCGGUCGGCUGCAAGCCGCGGUGAGCGACCGUCAGCGGACGCUGAAGAACGCCAAGAGGCAGCAGUCAAAACUUCAGAAGAGCCUGGAGCGGCGGCAGCAGCUCGAGACUGCCGUGGCCGACGCCGCGCUGGCCGAGAAAGUCUUUCAACAGCUGAUCAGCGAGAAGAGUAAAACGGAAGUCGAGCGGUGCCGUCGCGCCGCCGCGCAGAUUCAACGCAUUUGGCGUGGUGUGCUGGCGCGGACGUGGGUGGCGACGCUGAUGGCCGCCACUCUGCGACUCCAGCGCGUGGUGCGCCGUUUUCUCGUGCGUGUCGGCGCGCAGCACGCCCGCGAGGCGGAGGAGCGUGCCCGUCAGCAAGCGGAGGAGUUGGCGCAGCAGGAGGCUGCGUGUCGUGUCUUGCAAGCGCGGGCGCGCCAGUUUCUCCGCCGGCUGCAGAUUCGCCGCACGUACCGCGCAAACCAGGCGCGGCACUACUACGCAGCCCGCACUAUCCAGCGCGGCUACCGUGCCUUCUGCGAGCGGCGUGCUGCCUUCCUCGCGGCCAGAGCAGAGGCGAACCGAAGGAAGGAUGAGCAGUGGCAGUUCCGCCAAAAGGUGGCUGCCAGGCGCAUCCAGAGCUCCUACUUGGAGUACCGCAUGAAGCGGGCAGAGCUCGACGAGCACCGCGCGCGCCAGCGCCGCGUACGGGCCGCCGUCCACAUCCAGGCCGUCGUUCGUGGCUACCUCACUCGCGCGUGGUAUGCCUACUAUCGCGUGUACCGCCGUGACCAAGAGGUACGUUCGGCUGCGAUGCAGACCAAGCUGGUGAUGAUCCAGAGUGCCUGCCGUGUCAUCUGCUCCGCCUACUACGGCCAGCAGCGCGCCUUGCAUGCUUUCUUAGCCAUGCGGGAGGCGCGCCAGCAUCGGGCGGCAACGCGGCUACAGAGUCUCUGGCGGUGCCACGUCGCCAAGAUCCGUCGCGCGCGUCUGCAGGCGGAGCAUGACUGUCUCGUGCGCCACGCAGUCCGCAUCCAACGCUGGUACCGCAUGAGGGUGCUGCGGCGUGCGUUCCUGGUGUACAAGGCGGAGCAGCAGCGCAUCCGCGCAGCAUCGCGCGUGCAGCGCUGGAUACGUGAGUGCUGGCAGGCGGUAAAAGCACGCGAGUUUGCCGCUUACCACGCAGAACUUCUGCGUCAGCAGCAGCAGAAGCGGCUUCAGGCUCGCGCCAUCGUUGUCCUGCAGGCCUGCUGCACGGCGUGCCUCAGCGACCGACUUGUGGCUAGUGUCCGCCGCAUUUACCAGCGCCACGAUACCGUCGUGCGAGUGUGGCAGCGGGUGGGCCGCGGAUUGGCGGCGCGACGCGAAGUGGCGCUGGAGCGGCGUGUCGCGUACUGGGUCGCGGUCAAAGAACGCGAGACGGCGCGGCGCACAGCCGCUGCGUGCGUGUUGCAGCAGGCGUGGCGCUGUGCCGCGGCAAAGGACAAGGUCCAGCGCAUGCGCCGCGAAGUGGCCGCCGCUGACGUCAUCACGCGUGCGUAUCGCGUGUACAGAGCACGGGUGCAGCUUGCUGAUCUGCGCCGCGCGCGUCAGCUACGCCUGGAGGACGCCGCUGCCCGCAGCAUCCAGCGUGCUUUCGCUGACUUCCUGCGUCGUCAGCGCGCGAAGGAGACGGAGGCCUACUACCGUGGCGAACACCAGAAGAAGAUGCAUCGCCUGCGCAGGCAGGAGGCAGCCAUCAUGAUCCAGUCAGUCUGGCGCGGGCACGUCACCCGCAAGGCGGUGGAGCGAGACCUACAGGAGUUGCAAGCCUUUUCCGCUGCUGCGGUGCGCAUCCAGCGCACGUGGCACUCGCGACGGUCGCGGCGGCAGCUGGACCGCGAGUUGAACCAGCGCAUCAAGGAGCGUGCCCGUGAUGCGGAGGCGGCGCUGGUGGUGCAGUGCUUCUGGCGCAAGAUUAUGGCGGGGCGGCGCGCGGCGCACCUGCGCGUCGUGAUGCAGCAGCGCCUCGUGGCGGCAGUGCAUAUUCAGAUGUGGUGGCGCGUGCAGCUCGCCCAGCGCGAGUUUGCGCGGCGUCGCAUCCUCCGCCGCGAGGAGGCCGCGCUCGAACUGUACUACGCCAUGCAGUGGGAAGCGCACGUAUCACUGGUGAACUCUUUCGUGCGCGCGCGGCGGGCGCAGGUGCUCUCCCGCGAUCGCCUUCGCGACUGCCUUGUCGGGCAGCUGACGGAGGCAGAGCGGCACCGCUUCACCAAUCGACACGCCGCUGCCACAAAGAUCCAGGCACUCUACCGCGGCCACUACGAGCGUGUUUACGUGCGCGGGCUUGUAGCGCAGGCUCGCGAGGAGGCGCGACGGUCGGCGGAGCUGGCGGCGCGACAGCAGCGUGCUGCUAUAGCUAUUCAGUGCGCGUACCGCUGCGCAAGGUCGCGGCAGCAGCUCGCCGAUCUGAAGCAAGUCGAGCUGGAGCGGGUGCUCGUGAGUCACCAAGAGUUUGCGGAGAAGGCGGACCCAGCCGAGGUGGUGAGGGAGCUCUUCUGGCUCAACACGACGUACCUGCAGCGCGAGGCUUGCAACGCGCGCCGUCGCGAGGCAGAGCGGAAGCGCGCCGCGGCCGCGUCGAUUCAGUGCGCCUAUCGCUGCUACAAGUCCCGUCAGCAGGUUUCGACAGCCGCGGACCUGCACCAGCGCGAGCGGGCCGCGCGGCUUCUGCAAGACUGCUGGCGGCACCACCGCGAUGUUCACCGUAUCAAGAAGCGCCAGCGGAGACAGGCAGCAGCCACGCGGCUGCAGUGCCACAUUCGUGGCUGGCUGGUGCGGCGAAGCUGGCCCCUGUGGCGCGCCGCUGUGGAGGCGGAGCGGCAGGAGCACGUUCUUCUGCAAGACAUGCUGGACCAUGCCGCGAUCAUUAUCCAAAGCUUUUGGCGGCGUGUGCAGGCGCAGCGGGCGGCGGCGCGGCGGCGGAAGGCUCACCAGGAGCGGCACUGCAUGCUUGCGCGGCAGGAGGCCGCGACGGUAAUCCAAGACACGUUCCGCGAGCACCAGUGCCGGCGCAUGGAACGUACGCUACGAGGCGGACCAUAG